AGUUUUCUUUUUCUUCUUAUGUCUAUUUUCUAUCCUUACGACAUGUUAUUUCCUAUUUUUGUGAUAUCUUAUUUUUAAAUUCCGUCAUUGAUUAUUUGAAUGAAGUGUAUACUUUCUACUUCCUUUUCUUUUUUUUUCAUUCUUUAUAACAGUAUACAUACGCGACUAUGUCCAUCACAACAAACAAACCGAAUAUAGACUUAAAAACUCAACGAUAUGAUAGACAGCUAAGAUUGUGGGCUAGUUCUGGACAAGCAGCCCUUGAAAGUGCUAAUGUUUGUCUUCUUAAUGCAACUGCUACUGGAUGUGAAGUACUAAAGAAUCUUAUUCUUCCUGGCAUUGGCAAUGUCACGAUUGUAGACGACAAGUUGGUGGAUAAACAUGAUAUUCAAAGUAACUUUUUCCUGGAACCAAGUGAUAUCAAUAGUCCCAAGGCACAAUCUGUGGUUCAUUUGCUCAAAGAACUUAAUGAAGCGGUGGAAACUCAUUUUGUUCAGAAGUCGCCACAUGAUUUACUUCAACAUGAUCCAUCUUUUUUCUCUUCCUUUUCUUUGAUUGUGGCCACCAAUAUGCAUCAAACCGAUAUCUCUCGUCUGGCAACACUAUGUGAAGAAAGCAACAAGAUAUUGAUAACAGUAUCAUGUAAAGGACUAUUUGGACUCUUCAGAAUCCAGGCACCGGAUCAUACCAUUAUUGAAACACAUCCUGAAAAUGUCAUUGAUUUACGACUUACUCAACCAUUCCCUCAGCUCAUGGAGUAUGUUAAGACUUUUGAUUUGGAUGCUUUGGAUCAGACAGAUCAUGCACAUGUACCGUUUAUUGUGAUUCUAUUGAUCUUUGUGGAAAAAUGGAAAGCUGAACAUGAUGGCAAGUUACCUCAAUCUUAUGCAGAAAGGAAUGAACUCAAAAGUCUUGUACAAGCUAAUAUGCGGACUGUGGAUGAAGAAAACUUUGAAGAAGCCAUAUCAAAUAUUUGGAGAUUAUCUGGAGGAAAUAAUAUAUCUUCUGACGUUCGCAGUAUAUUCGCCAGUGAUGCAUGUGAAAAUUUGAAUGGGCAGUCAACUUAUUUUUGGAUCAUUGCUCGAGCUAUCCGUGAUUUUAUGAACAAUGAAGGACAAGGUCAACUACCAUUAUCUGGAAAACUACCGGAUAUGAAAUCAGAUACAAAAAAUUAUGUGGGAUUACAAAAUGCGUAUCGACAAAAAGCUUUGGAGGAUUUGAAAAAUGUGACUCUAAGAGUGGAUGCAUUAUUGAACAAAUUGGAUAUACCCAAGGAUCUAUUACCAAAUGAUGCGAUUGACACGUUUUGCAAAAAUGCUGGUCAUGUCAAAUUGAUUCAAUUCAGAUCCAUCAAUGAAGAAAUACAACAACCUCGAGCGACCAAAAUAGAAAAUCUAUUAUCAACAGAUGAUAACAUGACAUAUUAUAUUAUCUUUCAGGCAGCUGAUCAUUUCUUCACCCAACAUCAAAGAUAUCCAGGUGAAAUGAUGGAAACAAAUGAUGAACAGGAGGUGAAGUUAUUAAAAGAACAAGUAAUCAAGACAUUGCAAACUAUGGGAAUCAACGAUUGUGGAUUAGUGGAUACAAUCCUGACCAAGCCUAUGACCAAUUACAUACGAUUCAGGAAUCAAGAAACAGCAAAUAUGGCGGCUUUGAUGGGCGGUCUUGUAGCGCAAGAAGCUAUCAAAUUAAUUACUCGGCAAUACAUUCCUAUCAACAAUACUUGUCUAUUCAAUGGUAUAGCUUCCACUAGUAGUGUAGUUGAUCUAUGAUUUUCUCUUUUGUUGAUGUUGUUAUUAUUGAUUGAUCAGAAAUAAAACUAUAUGAUUGAAUCCAAAA